AUGAUAAGAAACCACUUCCUGGCGCUAGCCCUUGUGGCGACUGUUAUCGCGGUUGCCGAUACUGCCACCAUCAACAACUUUCCUUACGUAUCAUGCACAAAAAGGCCUGGGGCUUACAGCGUGGCUUCGACUGUGCGGAUGCCGGACCCGAACACCUUUUGCUUUACAAUUCAGGCCACCCCACCGACCGGUUGCACCUCCCGCUGCUGCAGCGCUGACCUUCGAAAAAUACUCCUCGACGUGACGCCCGAGUGCAUUGUGCACAACCCGAACAUCCGCGCCACCUUGAAUGGUGUUGCAACCAAAGUUGGCCCGGCCUUCGAGCCCGGAGUCAAUGGACCUAACGGCACCUACGCGCUCCGCCUCACGCAGCUGGGCCUCAACAUCACAACGGCCGCCGGGGCCGAGGUUUGCAUUUCCCUGGGCCUCAACUCCCAGGGCGCCGGCUGCGUCACCAUGCAGCAGCUCUGCAAGCCCCCUGUCGGUGCAGCUGCCGGGACCUGCUCCAUUGCGAUAUUCGACAGCCAGAACGACUGCUGCCCCAUCUCAGAAAGUGGGACAUACGUGGCGCCACCGCCGCCACCGCCGUCGCUGCCGCCGGCAGUUGCGGUAUCGGAUCCUUGCCGGACCUGCGUGUCAUUGGAUCUUGUGGAUUAUGGUCGGAGUGUGUUCCCCGGGACUUUUCCGCCGGGCCUCUGCCAGCAAUUGCUGGACCUGGUGUCAAGCGAAGUCGUGGCCGCCGACAUCCCCCUGGCUGGUCUGCAGUUGACCAGCUGCACGGACAAGCUGAUUCAAGCGUGUGGGCAGUUCCCCAGCGACGAAGUGGGCGCAAGCUACCAGGACGUACUUGAAUUGCUCAUGCACUUUUGGUACGGCACGCUGAUCAACACCUGCAAGGCGUAUUACAGGAACGAUUAUAGCGUCACCAUGCGGAUUGAUGACGGACUGCCCUAUAGUGGCUGCGUGACCGGCUUCGCCUUCGCUGCUUGCGACCCUGUGUCGCUUAACUGGCCCAAGUGCAGCUGCAACACUGACCGCGGAUCGACCCCCUUCUACGUCUCCCCAUUCCUGAACACUAUGCCUGGUCGUACGGAAAAUACCACGUUGUACUGCUUCCAGCUUGCCGUACGUGAGCCGGCCUAUCCACAGGGCAAAUGUGGUAAGACAACCUCCGUGCUCAAGGCCGAAAUCCUGGCUGACGAUGCGCGCCGCCGUAAGAUCAGGGCCAUCGGGUUGCUGCCGGCUGAUGCGGUCAGCAUGCGCUGGAUCUCCACCAGCUGGGCGACCUCCGGAGAGGACACGCUCAAAGUCACACCCCUCAACUGGAGCAAAGACCAGGCUGACGGUGCCAAGAUUUGCCUCGAGCUGAGCAGUGAUUACGACAUCGGCUCAUUUUGCAAGACCCCCUCCAACGGAAGUUGCAACAUCAUCUUGUUCGACGACUCCAAGGACUGCUGCCCCAUGUUCGAGGCCUCCACCUAA